UUUUGCACAGCUGUUCAAUUAUAACCGUACCUGGUAGAUUUCGCGUUACAUAGCUCUGGCUACACUCAAUUGCUGUGGCUGUCUGGUUGUCAAACAAAGAGAAAAUAUAUAUUUUUUCCUUUAAAUCUAUUGUAUUUUAUGCUGUCUGAUAGUUUUACACGUUAAGAUCGCAUAAUCAACCAGGCAAACUGGAUUGAAGAAAAUGAUGGAUUCGGACUCGUCCGGCGCGGACUUCUGCCGGUUCUGUCGUUCGGAGGCUUCGUCUGACAGACCGCUGUUCCAUCCGUGUAUCUGCACAGGCUCCAUAAAAUGGAUUCAUCAAGAAUGUUUAGUGCAGUGGAUGCGAUACUCCAGGAAAGAGAUUUGCGAGCUAUGUGGCCACCGAUUUUCUUUUAUGCCGAUAUAUUCUCCGGACAUGCCUCGCAGGCUGCCUAUCCGCGACGUGGUGGGCGGCCUGGUGACGUCCGUGGCGUCCGCCGUGAAAGACUGGCUGCACUACACGCUGGUAGCGCUCGCUUGGCUCGGCAUCGUGCCGCUCACCGCCUGCAGGACCUACCGCUGUCUGUUCUCGGGCUCCUUGGACCCAGUGAUUUCAUUGCCCUUUGACAUAGUAUCUGCUGAAAACCUUGCUAAAGAUGUCUUCUCUGGAUGUUUUGUUGUAACAUGUACACUGUUCUCUUUUAUUGGCCUUGUUUGGCUGAGAGAGCAGAUCAUGCAUGGCGGUGGCCCAGACUGGAUGGAGAGAGAGAACCUGCCAGCUCCACCCCCUGAAGACCUCCCUCUGCAAGACAAUAACAAUGACAGAGUGAAUAAUGGAGCAGGGGAUGGUGAGGUUGGUAUAAGAGAUGAGGUUAAUGCUGAAGUUGGAGAGGAUCCCCUGGGGGCAGAUGAAGCAAACUGGAACCCAAUGGAGUGGGAUCGUGCAGCUGCUGAGGAGCUUACCUGGGCCCGUUUACUUGGCUUGGAUGGUUCCAUGGUAUUCUUAGAACAUGUGUUUUGGGUGGUGUCCCUGAAUACAUUGUUUAUAGUGGUGUUUGCAUUCUGCCCGUAUCAUAUUGGAAGGUUGGGAGCUGCUAUGGCGGGGCUGACAGCUGAGGGUCCGUUUGCUGGGCCACUGACAGCUCUAGCAGGGUAUGUGUUGGUGGGGGCUAUACUGGCAGUGUUACAUGGCAUGGCGUCCCUGCUGCGCCUGCGGAGUGCUAAGAAGGCACUGGGAUUCUGUUAUGUAGUUGUGAAGGUGGCUCUGCUGUCUGUUGUUGAGAUUGGUGUGAUACCGCUAGUCUGUGGCUGGUGGCUAGAUCUCUGUUCCUUAUCAAUGUUCGACGCUACGCUUAAGGACAGAGAGUCGAGUUUGCAAGCAGCUCCAUGGACCCUCAUGUUCAUACAUUGGCUGGUGGGAAUGGUAUAUGUGUACUAUUUCGCGUCGUUCAUUCUCUUGUUGAGAGAAGUAUUAAGACCUGGAGUGCUGUGGUUCUUGAAGAACUUGAAUGAUCCCGAUUUUAGUCCUGUGCAGGAAAUGAUCCACUUAUCAGUGUGGUCCCACAUCCGUCGGCUGGUGGUGUCUGCCAUGAUCUUCGGUACGGCUGUACUGUUCAUGCUGUGGCUGCCCAUCAGGGUGAUCAAGUACGUGCUGCCCGGGUUCCUGCCCUAUGCCGUGGCUGUACACUCCGAUGCCCCGGUCAAUGAACUCAGCUUGGAACUGCUCUUGCUACAGGUGAUCCUUCCAGCGUUGUUGGAGCAGUCACACACUCGUACAUGGCUGAAGGCGGGCGUGCGAGCGUGGUGCGCAUGCGCAGCCGGCGUACUGGGGCUGCGGUCCUACUUGUUGGGGGAGAUGCGACACGACCAGCCCAUGCCUCACCCGCCGCGGCCACCGCAUCAACUUGGAGCUGCUCAUCAGGCACUGAUGCGUCGCGAUGGUCCUGCAGGCUUCGAGCCUUACGUCCGAGUAUCAUGGUUCCCGCUCCGACUGGGCGCUCUAUUGGUCCUGGUCUCCAUGUCUCUCGUCAUGGCCAGCGCACUUACCUUGGUGAUUCCUGUCGCUAUUGGAAGGCGAGUGAUGGCUUUGUGGCUGCCGAAGGCAUCGGAUGGAGUUCACGAAUUGUAUACAGCGGCUUGUGGUAUGUACGUGUGCUGGGCGGUGGGUCGCGGCGGCACGCUGGCGGCGGGCUGGGCGCGCGGCGGCCGCGCCAUGCUGGCGGCGCGCGCCGCGCUCUGGGCGCGCCUCGCCGCGCGGGCCGCACUCGCCGCGCUCGCGCUACUCGGGCUCGUACCGCUCAUGUUCGGGUUGCUGCUUGAAUUGGUACUAGUGAUCCCGCUCCGCGUGCCAAUCGAGCAGUCGCCGGUACUAUUUGUAUGGCAGGACUGGGCACUAGGUGUAUUGUACACGAAGAUAGUGUGUGCGCUGACCAUGAUGGGCCCCGACUGGGCCAUGCGACGGGCCAUCGAGAAGGCCUACCGAGACGGUAUUAGGGAGAUGGAUUUGAAGUUCAUCCUGCGCGAGAUAGCGGCGCCGUGCGUGUGUUGGCUGGGUCUGGCCCUGGCGGUGCCGUACGCGCUGGCGCACUCUAUAUUACCAUUACUAGUCGCGGCGCCCGCGCAGCGCAACCUGCUGGCGCGCCGCGUCUACCCCGCGCUACUGCUCACCGCGCUCGUACUGGCGCUCACCGUCUUCCAGAUACGUCAGUUCCGCAAACUAUACGAGCACAUAAAGAACGACAAGUACCUGGUCGGGCAGCGCCUGGUCAACUACGACCACCGGCGGCACAAACAACAGCAGAGCACCGUCCCCGCCAACUGAACGUGACGUCAGCGCCGUGACGUCACCCGUGACAGGCCGUGUGAUAGACACCAACGAUCUCUGUAAUUAUACCCUUCUUAUAAGCGAAACUUUCUUUAUACAACCUCGCUAAGUGAUCAUUUUUUAAAAGAGGUUUAAAAUGUAUACUUUUACGCGGUGGAGGUCUAUGUUAAUGUUCGUAGAACAAUAACAACAAAAAUGAAUCUUAGCACUAUAAUAACACGGUGCAAAGUUAUUUGAAUUAGUCGUAUCACUACAUGUAUCUUGUAAAUAAAAAUGUUUUAGUCACUUAACUUUUAAACCACAUGUUGGCAUUCCUUGUAUAGAAACGUUAGAUCUCAUGGCCACACUAUUUAUUGGAGCCAAGCUAAGUAAAUAGCACCUUGUGAAUCGUCUUCACACUGCCUCUGUCACGAACCGAAACGUUUUAUUAAGUUUAAGUAUCGAUAUCCACUCGAUUGUAUGUGACUACUCGAUAAAACAUGUGGAACUUUUACCAAAAAUAGCUAAAGCGAAACACUAAAUGUUAGAAAUCGAUUAUAUUAAUCGAGUGAAAGUUUAAUCGAUUGUGGAGAUGUAUGACGAAAUCGAUUUUAAAUCGUAGUUAGAUAUAAAAGCUUGAGCCUAAUUAGUAAGUUGCGUGGUGGUAAACGAUUAAACUUUUACCGAUUAAUAGUCGAUUAUUCGCAUUUAUUUUAAGUCAAUCGGCAUGGAAUUUAUUUUUUAUGUGAAAAAAGAUUAUAAAUAAUUUAAAAGACACGAAAGUGAGAGAGAAUCGGGUUUAUAUCGACUGGACACGUAUUAAUUGCCACAUGUUACUACUUAAGUACAAUAUUUACUGAGGGGAGCGGGGUGCACACAUAUGUCUCGAUAAUAUUAAUACUUUACCUACAUAUUUCCGCAUUUCCUAUAAUCAAACUUUAAAUUUUGAUAAUCAUAACCUGUGUCGAACUAAAUUCGCCUUAGUGAAAGUGAUCAUAAGGUUGUAAAUCAUACUAAAAUUAUUUUGGACCAUACAUACACACUCGCUCCCAUACCUACAGCAUUUUUUCUUCAUAUGACGCUUUUUCAUUGUGCAAGUAACUAGCCAGUGUAUAGAAUCACACAUUUUCUUUUAUUAACUAUGCUGUACGGCUUACUUACGUAACUGUUUACGGGUUAACUCGAUGAGUUUCAAGGGACGACGGGGCCCAUAGAUGUAACAAGCGGCGAAACUAGUCGAGUUACCUUUUCUAAUAGGUACUCAAAUAAGUCAUACAGCAUAAUUAAUGUCUCACAAAAACAUUUUCUUAGAUUUUAUUUUUACUUGUUAUUAUUAAUUAUUGUAAUAUUUUUUUGGUCUAUUUUAAAAGGCCUGACAUGUUAUUUUGCCAAUGUAUAUUAAAAUAAUGUUAUAAUUCUUCCGUUGUAAUCAUUCCGACAAACCCCAAGACGUUACUUGCACAACAAUUUGUGUAGAAAGUUCUCGAAAAAUUAAGAUUUCAUAGUUCAGUACCAUUAGUACGAGUUUCCUUUAAGUUUAAUGAAAUGGAAACUUGAGGCGCGUUCGGCGCUCUGGGGCCUUAGUACAAGUUGGCUUUACGUGUAACGAGAUUGAAAUGAGAGCGCGUUCGGCGCUGUGAUUAGUUGCUCCUGUUGAGCCGGCCAAUCAGAGCGCCGAACGUGGUCUCGUUUCGAUGUCAUUCAACGUAAAACAAUAUCGUAUUAAGGGUACUGAUUGGUUGGUUCUGUUGAGCCGGCCAAUUAGAGCGCUCUCGUUUCGAUCUUGUUAAAUGUACCCAAAGCAAAGUCUUACUAAGGGAUACAAUUCUUUAAAUAACAUAUUUCUAAUAAUAGUUAGCUAGGAAUGUUUUCCGUGAAAUAAUUCUAAUAAAUCUACACACAGAUGAAAUUGAAAUCUGAUGGAAAGUUCUCGAAGUGCAAUAAUUUUAAACAAAAAUCUUUCAUUUAAAAGUUUUAGUUCUUACGACUGUGAACAUAGAAUAUACAGUUAGCUAACAUUAUUUGGUAUGCAAGUAAGAAAAUUAAAAAAAAAUAGUCUCGAACAGAAACAGUACCGUGAAUAGAAUUAAAGGGGUGAAUAGUUACAGAAGACAUUACAGGGUGAAUAAGUGUUCUAACAUCUAUUCACUCCAUUCUUGUAUCUAUUCACCCUUUGAAUUAUAUUCACCAAGUUUUACCGUAGUUAUUGUUGAACUAAAUUGUAUGUCUUUUCAACGAAGCCAUAUCUUUUGUAACCAUUGCUUGACUCAGUAGCCAACCAAUGGUUACUGUCUCUGUACUGAAUAAAUCUUUAGUUUUCUAAUCUGUACCUCUACCAUGAGUUUGAAGCAAUAGUAUUUGUCGAUAGUCGCUAGCGACGACGUACAUUUUUUGUAUGUCAAAUUUUACAACGCCUCUACCGGUCACAUGUGGAACUAAAAUUUUCCAUACAAAAAAUUUAUGUCUUGUCUUGACUAUCGAGUAUCGACAAAAACAAUUGUAGUAAUCUCAUGGUAGAGGUAUUGUAUUCUAAAUAACUUAAUUUUAUCACAUGCUACAAUCUUUUUGCGCCUACUCACAGUGGCCAAUAGUUUAUAUAGAAAUAUCAUCUUUAAGAUAUUGAUAUAAAGUCGAAAAUCCAGUGAAAACUUUGCCAGAUUGGCCACUGUACAUUUCUAAGAACGUCUGAAUCUUAUUCUUCAAUAAGUUAGUCUUUGCUAGCCAUCACAUUAACAAACAGUUAUUAUUACUACUAUCUAUACUAUAAUUUAGAUUAAACUUCCCGAUUAUACAUUUCUGAUUCAUUAUUUGAGUAUUUAUAAUUCCGAUACCACAGCUUGCCAGCUUAUAAAAAGAUUUUUUGUAUGCGGCAACACAUUAAUAGAUGUCGCUACAUUGCUUUUGCAGUGGAAAGGAGUGGCCUAUAUUUGAUUUUGUGAUCGUAUUUAAAACUGGAUUUAGAAAGUGCCAAAUCGAUUCUUACUUGCAUAAUUUGAUUAAUCGUUUUAGUAAAUUUGAACAAUAAUGAUAUUUACGUUUCAAUAAUUAAACAAUAUUUCUUCAAUUGAACGCAUUUGCAUCGUUUGGAAUUUAGAGGUUUCAACAGUCAAACAUUGGUCACUCCUUUUCUACUUAAGUGCAGGUAUCAUCAACUUUUGAGCCAACUCCGAAGCUAAGUAACAGCGUAGUAGCAAGUACAUUGGUCAGAACAAAAAUGUUGACGAAGCCUGUAUCUAAAAACCAGCUUUAUUGCAAUUUAUAGUCAAAUUAAUUAUGUUCUCUUCAUACUUAGGGAAAAGUUAAUUCCGUGUUUAAUAUAGAUAAUCAAUUUUGGUAUAGAGGAUUCAAUUUACGGAAAGAUAUUUUUUAUAUUCUAUGGUAUGGGCAUAGACGCAGAUUUAGGCUUAGUGGACACCGGCGGAGGCGCGGCGAAGGUAUUGAGAACAAUUUGAAAUAAACCUUAACUACUAUGGCAUACGGAUGAAAACGGCAUGCAAUGCUAUCGCCGGUGUGUACUAGGCCUUACUAUUCCAUAAUUUUAAAGUGUCACUCGUUGAUAACAUUUGAACUAAAUAAAAUAAAGUAUGUCUGAUUGUCUGCCUAUAAUUUUACGUAAAAUAAUUUCUAAAUGACCGGCGUUAUGUCCCGACUCAAAAUUGCAAGCGAAAAUCAGACUUACACCGUUUGUUAUAAAUGCUAUUGUUGCGUGGUUUGUUAUCACAAAGUUUCGUAAUUUUAAGUCGAGGGGUGACGCGGUAAAAUUAGCAAAAACAUAAAAAAUAAAACUAAAUAAAAUAUUUAUUUUAAUUCCGCCCUAGUGUUAAGUAGUUUUAUAAAGAAAAUAUUUAUUGUACACUGCUCAAUCUUGUAUGUGUUUUAUUCUUUUUAAAAUAAUUGUUUUUGUUUUUAUUAAGCCAGGGUUGUACCCUUUUAUUUCAUAAAAUGUUUAGUAUUGUACAAUUGUGUGUAUAGUCUACAAAAUCAACAAUGUAGAUGUAAAAAUAUAAAAAAAAAACGACUUCGGAAGUGGUUUUAAUCAUUUAUUUGUGUGAUUUUAUUUUUAAAUGACAUGCUUAGUCCUUUCUGUGGCCUGAAUACUUUUUCUGUCCUCUCUUCCCUGGGUUGUAAGUCUGUAACCUUUUCUUGUAAAUUUGUAUAAAAUAAUAAUUUGACUGGCGUAGGAUGUUUUCUUUCAGUUGUACUGUUAUUAUCAAUUGUGAAUUAAUAUGAGUUAGAUGACAGUAGAUACAGGCAGGUAAUAAGCAAUUUGUAAACAAUAAAAUGAUUAUUGAAAUAGA